AUGAGACAUGUCGACGCCCUCAGCAGAUAUCCAAUUAUGCAAAUUAACGACUAUGGAAUCGGCGUUGGCAUAAAGAAGGCACAGUCACAAGAUGAGAAAAUAAGAGCCAUUAUAGAAGUUCUGAAAGACAAUUCGAAAACUUAUGAUGAUUAUUUUCUGAAAGCCGAUAUCCUGUACAAAUUAGUCAAUGACGUUGAUUUAAUUGUUGUCCCAAACGCGAUGCAGAAGCAGAUUAUUGGUCCUCUCGAGUCUACUCACAAAGACUAUAAGCAUAUUCUGGCAGUCAUAGAUGCAUUUACGAAGUUCUGCUGGUUAUACCCAACCAAAUCGACGACUAGCAAUGAAGUUAUUACGAAGCUGACGAUUCAAAGCACGAUUUUUGGCAACCCUGCGUUUAUUAUCACGGAUCGGGGUUCCGCCUUUACAUCCCAAGAUUUUCUGAAGUACUGCGACAACGAGGGUAUCAAACACGUUAAGACGACUACAGCACUUCCGAGAGUAAACGGCCAAGUGGAACGUUUAAAUGCGAUCAUCAUUCCUGUUCUGUCGAAGUUGAGCGUUGAUGAUCCGACGAAGUGGUAUCGACAUGUUAGCAAAGUUCAGCAGGCGAUCAAUUCGACGUACACCAGAAACGAAAGAAGCGAGCUCCGUGCCAAGGCGAAGGCACACAUCUCCAAGAUCCAAGACGAAAACAAGAAGUACUACAACCUACGUCGUAAGCAAGCUCGAUCUUAUAGUGUUGGCGACCUGGUUGCAAUUAAGAGGACGCAAUUUGGCAGUGGUCUCAAACUAAAACCAAAAUAUUUUGGACCCUACCAAGUUAAGAAGGUGAAGCACAACAACGCAUACGAUGUCGAAAAGGUAGGCAAGUGCGAAGGGCCUAAAGUGACGUCCACAUGUGCAGAGUACAUGAAGCCCUGGAGCCCAAACCGAGACGAUGAAGAAGAUGACCCAGCAUUCGGGUCGAAUGCGUAA